AUGAGUACUAGUCCUCAUCGUAAGCUCCAUGUUCUGUUCUUCCCUAUGAUGGCUCAUGGCCACAUGAUUCCAGCUCUAGACAUGGCUAAGCUUUUUUCAAGCAGAGGAGCUAAAUCCACAAUCCUCACCACACCUCUCAACUCCAAGAUCCUUCAAAAACCAAUCGACGCAUUCAAGAACCUGAAUCCGAGUCUAGAAAUCGACAUGGAAAUCUUCAAUUUCCCUUGCGCGCAGCUCGGGUUACCGGAAGGAUGCGAAAACGUCGAUUUCUUCACUUCAAACAACAACAACGAUGGAGGCUACAUGAUCUUUAAAUUCUUUAAAACGACAAGGUUUUUCAAAGAACAGCUUGAGAAGCUCCUCGAGACAACGAGACCGGACUGUCUUAUCGCCGAUAUGUUCUUCCCAUGGGCUACUGAAGCUGCUGAGAAGUUCCAUGUGCCAAGAUUUGUGUUCCACGGCACUGGCUACUUCUCUUUAUGCACUGGUUAUUGCAUCAGAGUGAAUCAACCACAAAAGAGAAUAGCUUCGAGUUGCGAGCCAUUUGUGAUUCCUGAUCUCCCUGGGGACAUUGUACUAACUCAAGAUCAGAUCAUAGAUGGCGACGACGAAACCGAGAUGGGGAAAUUUAUGAUUGAAGUGAGAGAAUCAGAAGUGAAGAGCUCAGGUGUUAUUGUGAACAGCUUCUACGAGCUUGAACCUGAUUACGCCGAUUUUUACAAGAGAUUUGUAGCGAAAAGAGCGUGGAAUAUCGGUCCGCUCUCUGUUUUAAACAGAGGAUUUGAGGAUAAGGCUGAGAGAGGAAAGAAAACGAGCAUUGACGAAGUCGAAUGCCUCGAAUGGCUUGACUCCAAGAAACCAGAAUCAGUCAUUUACAUUUCAUUUGGGAGUAUGGCGAGCUUCAAGAACGAACAGUUAAUCGAGAUCGCUGCAGGGUUAGAAGCUUCUGGCACAAAUUUCAUUUGGGUUGUGAGGAAAAAUGAUGAAAACACAGGUGAAGAAGAAGAAUGGUUACCAAAAGGGUUCGAAGAGAGGAUGAAAGGGAAAGGGAUGAUCAUAAGAGGAUGGGCUCCACAGAUGCUGAUACUUGACCACCAAGCAACCGGUGGGUUCGUGACUCAUUGCGGCUGGAACUCGAUUCUUGAAGGAGUGGCUGCAGGGUUACCGAUGGUGACUUGGCCGGUUGCAGCGGAGCAAUUCUACAACGAGAAGUUGGUUACGGAAGUGCUUAGAAUAGGAGUGCGCGUGGGAGAGAUGAGGCGUUUGAAAGUUAUGGAAGGUCUCAUCAGCAGAGAGGAAGUAGAGACGGCAUUGAGAGAGGUGUUUGUUGGAGAAGAGGCGGAAGAGAGGCGAGGACGGGCAAAGAAACUGGCGGUGAUGGCUAAAGCCGCCGUGGAAGAAGGAGGGUCUUCUUUCAACGAUCUAAACAGUUUCAUAGAAGAGUUUAGCUCAUGA